ACUGUACAUGAUAUCUUUAUCUUCUGGUAGAUGCACAAUACCUGUGCAUUAUUCGUCUUAUGCAGCACAGCAUGCCACGCCAGACUUCACACAGAGAUCGCGUUCACACACAGCAUCACGAUGUGACAGCAGAUGAGCACUGUGCUGUUUGAGAGGUGGGCUUUGCAUCUGAGUGCGGAGGCUUGAGGAGGUGGGAGCUCUGCUUCAGCUCGGAGUCGGAUUUCAGAGUUUGAGGGAGUCUGGACGAACUGAGACGGCUUUGUUCUCGUGGAGCUGCUGGGUCCCGGCGGGUGUUCAGGACAGGGGUCUCUGCAGCUUACACCGCGCGUCAUGGGCCGAGCGAGCGACUCAUCGCGGAGCAGAGUGUGGUGCUGGAGCUUCAUUACUGUGUGCAUCUGCUCUUCUGCCUCUGCCUUGCUGCACUUGGACUCAGAGCGGGCCUCGAGCGCUCAGCUGGACCUCACCGAGCUCAUCGGCGUUCCUCUGCCUCCGUCUGUGACCUUUAUCACGGGCUUCGAGGGCUUCCCGGCGUACAGCUUCGGCCCGGACGCUAACGUGGGCCGCCUGACGCGCUCCUUCAUCCCUGACCCGUUCUACCGCGACUUCUCCAUCAUCGUGACGGCCAAACCCAGCUCUCGGCGCGGAGGAGUGCUGUUCGCCGUCACAGACGCGCUGCAGAAGAUCGUCCAUCUGGGUGUGUCUCUGGCGCCGGUGGAGGAUGGGUCUCAGCACGUGGUUCUGUACUACACCGAGCCCGGGGCCGUGCACACGCAGGAGGCAGCUUCCUUCAAGAUGGGUGAUCUGACGGGCCGCUGGGCGCGCUUCACACUGACCGUACAGGGGGAGGAGGUGAGGCUGUACAUGGACUGUGAGGAGCACCAUCGCGUGGCCUUCCGCAGGAGUCCAGACCCACUCACCUUCCAGCCCAGCUCCGGCAUCUUCAUAGGGAACGCCGGAGGAACCAGGCUGGAGCGCUUUGUGGGCUCGAUCCAGCAGCUGUUGUUGACGGCGGAUCCCAGCGCUCCGAAUGAACAGUGUGAGGAGGACGAUCCUUACGCGUCUGGAUACGGCAGCGGUGACAGCAUCUACGAUGACACGGAGACACCAGACGAGGUCAAGAAAGUGCUUGAAGAGAGAGAAUAUACGAUGCCGGAGGAUAUAGAGUCCGGUCCGAUGAGAGCGCCACCUACUGAAUCUCCCUCGUUCUUCACUGAGACGGAUGAUGAGGACCUGGAGGAAGGCUCUGGAGAGGACAUCAUCAUCAUCAGUGGUCCGAAAGAGGCGAUCAGAUCAGAAGGAGCUUCACAGGACAGAAAUGUCAUUACCAUGCAGAAAGGAGAGAAAGGAGAGCGAGGUCCACAAGGCCCUCCAGGACCCGCUGCUCCACACACACCAGGAGAGCCAGGGCCCCGGGGCCCGCAGGGGCCACCAGGACAAGACGGCCAGCCUGGUGAUCCAGCGAAAGACGGCGCUCCGGGAGAGGCUGGACCUCCGGGAUUCCCGGGCCUUCCUGGAGAUCCGGGUCCCAAAGGUGACAAGGGUGAUCCUGGUGUGGGCAUCCCGGGGCCUCCUGGACCUCCCGGACCGCCGGGGACAUUCAAGUAUCCGGACGGCGUCGACGGCUCCGGAUCAAGCGAUCUGGAUUUGGACAGCGACACAGAGCUGAUACGGGGUCCUCCGGGGCCACCGGGCCUUCCAGGACCUCCGGGCCCUUCUGUCGGAGCUCAGCCGGGGCCGAUCGGGCCUCCAGGAGCUCCAGGAAAAGACGGGGAGACGGGGAAGCCUGGACUCCCGGGUGAAAAUGGACGAGACGGACAAACAGGCAAAGAAGGAGAGCAAGGACGGAAAGGUGAACCAGGUUUACCUGGAAUCAUGGGACCAAAGGGUGAUGCAGGCCAGCCGGGGCUCCCAGGACAGACGGGAUCUGAGGGCCCCAGGGGUCAGCCGGGGCCUCCGGGAAAAGGCUUCAGCUUUGACAUGAUGGAUUUGGAGGGCUCGGGUCUGGAUGGAAGCAGUGGUUUCAGACCUGUUCUGCCCAGAGGACCACCUGGUCUUCCUGGGCUCCCAGGACCUCCAGGGCCACAGGGGAAAGAAGGAGCCGUCGGCCCUCCGGGUGCUUCAGUGAAGGGGGAGCCGGGCGCUAAAGGAGACGAUGGACAGCCUGGGUCAUCUGGACUGCCUGGGCGACAAGGGGAAAGGGGAGAGAAAGGUGAUAUGGGUCAGAAGGGAGAGAGCGGUCUGGAUGGAAUCGGUUUACCUGGACCUCCAGGGCCUCCUGGACCAGUCAUCAACCUACAUGAGUUGAUGCUGAAUGACACUGAAGGAAUCUUUAACCUCUCAGGGAUUUUUGAACCACAAGGACCAUUGGGACCAAGGGGUCUGAAGGGUGAUACCGGGGUCCCGGGGGUUCAGGGGCCUCCAGGAUUAAUGGGUCAGAAAGGAGAGCCGGGGAUUGUGUCUGGAGUUCAUGCGCCGCAGGGAGCGAAAGGACUGAAGGGAGACUGUGGCGUUCCUGGAGCUCCAGGUCAAACGGGCCCCAUCGGACCCGCUGGACCAAAGGGCGAGUUUGGAUUUCCAGGACAUUCAGGUCGUCCAGGAAUUAACGGCCGUAAGGGUGAAAAAGGAGAUUCUGUCGGUUUACCUGGCCCGCCGGGGCCGCCGGGGCCUCCAGGACGAGCGGGAAUCUUCAGCUGUCCUAACGGAACCGUGUUUCCAGUCCCUCCUCGACCCGGCUGCAAAAUACCCGUUAACAGUGAUUCUAAACAAGGGGGCGCCAGCAGCUCAUCGUCUGGACAGAAGAGAGAUCUGCCAUCAUCAUCAUCAGCGUCCUCCUCCAGCGACACACUGGGAACCAAAGUCACGGCUGGUCAAGGUGACCAGGGUUUCAGAGGAGAGAAAGGAGAAGCUGGGAUGCCAGGGCUGCCGGGGAGAUCAGGUUCAGCACAGGGACCUAAAGGAGAAUCUGUUGUUGGACCCCCUGGUCAUCCAGGACCACGAGGACCCCCUGGUGCACCGGGUUUCGGGAGAAGUGGCGUCGCAGGACCUCCUGGACCGCCAGGGCCUCCCGGACCUCCUGGACAACACGGAUCUGGCUUGAUGAUCCCUGGCCCUCCUGGACCCCCCGGGCUCCCGGGACGAGCCGCUGAGGCCUCCAGUGCCGUCAGGAAGUAUGUGAGUCUGCAGGCCAUGAGACAGUCGUCUGUGCUCGAGGACGGGACGCUGUCUUUCGUUAUUGACACUAGUAAACUCUAUGUAAAGGUUCCAGGAGGCUGGAGAGAGGUUCAGCUCGGCGGGCUGAUUGAGAUGUAUUCGUCCCCCGUCCUCUCACAGGAUGAUGCUGAACCCCUGAUUCUGACCCCACAAAUCAGCCACACACCCAAAAUACACACCGGAAACGCACUGAGGUUGGUGGCUCUCAACACGCCGCUGACGGGAAACCUGGGCUCCAUCCACUCGGUUAAUAAACUGUGCAGGACUCAAGCUCAAGCCAUGGGCAUCAGAGACGACUACAAGGCCUUCCUCUCACACCACCUACAGGACCUGAUUGACACCAUGCAACCCAUGUACCGAACAAACUCGCCGAUCGUCAACCUGAGGGGUGAGCUCCUGUUCAAGAACUGGGACAGCAUCUUCUCCAGCCCCCUCCUCCCCCCCGGCGUCCCGCUGUACUCCUUCGACGGCCGAGACGUGAUGAGCGACCCCUUCUGGUCAGUACUGCAUCAGCACACACUCACAGCUGCUCUGAAGAUUAGAGGAACUCUUCUACAGCUUCUGAUCCAAUCAGCUUUGGGUCAUUCUUUCAUGCACAUUUCAAGCAAGCGAUCUGCAUUCAGUCCCCCUCAUGAAUUACUCAAACUCUAGUGAUGAUCUGGAGUAGUUCAGUGGAAGCGAGGACGGCCUGACCGCAGUGCAGACGAUGCUGGCUGCUCCUCUGGCUCUCAUAUUUCUCCACCCAUGGCUUUGUUUUUGGUUCUGUGUGUAUGUGUAUUUAUACUCCAGGCCGGUAAAUAUAUCCUGGCAUGAGGCCGUGA